UGUGUCCUCCUUUACGGAGAGCUUGUUGAAGGAAGUAAAGUCUGUCAAACAUGAGUUUCCACUACGGUCAGGGCUAUCCAGGAGGAGGCAAUGCUAGACCAGGUGCUGCAUACAUGGGAGGCGGUGGUCACAGUGGGCUUCACCCCUCAGCUCCAUACGCAGGUGCAGCAGGUCCACAAGGAGUUCCGUACGGUGGUUAUGGACAACAAGGACACAGAGGGCAGUAUGGGCAUGCACCUGGGGGUGCUCCCGGCGGGCAUUACGGGGGUUACGGGGGACACGGCGGACAACCUCAUGGUGCACCUUAUGGACACCAUGCUCCAGCAGGUAACAUGCCCCCUGGUGUUAACCCCGAGGCAUACCAGUGGUUUCAGACUGUUGACACGGACCGCAGCGGCUUCAUCAACCUUAAAGAGUUGAAGCAGGCACUUGUCAAUUCCAACUGGUCUGCCUUCAAUGAUGAGACCUGCCUCAUGAUGAUCAACAUGUUUGACAAGACGCGUACAGGACGUAUGGACCUGUUUGGCUUCUCAGCCCUGUGGGAAUACAUGCAGAGGUGGAGAGCUCUGUUUCAGCAAUAUGACAGAGAUCGCUCAGGAUGUAUCAGUGGCAUGGAGCUGCACCAAGCUCUGGCACAGAUGGGCUACAACCUGAGCCCCCAGUUUUCUGAGACGUUGGUGCGUCGCUUCAUCGUACGAGGCGGGCCACACGGCAUCCAGCUGGACCGUUUCAUCCAGGUGUGCACCCAACUCCAGAGCAUGACGCAGGCCUUCAAGGAGAGAGACACAGCCAUGUCGGGCAAUGUCCGCCUCAACUAUGAAGAAUUCCUUUCUUGUGCCAUCACCAGGCUCAUGUGAGCCUCAUUCCACUGACAGUCCCUCUGCACUGCGGACGCACAAAGUCAUUCCAUGUUCAUGUCAUAUUUUGUUCAGUUUUCAAGGAGUCCCCACCUGUGGGUUUGUAUACAGGAUAUCGGCAAGUUCACAUUAUUCCGUGGCUUGUUGCUGUUAAUAGACAAAGCCUAACACCAUGGACCUUCAGCUACCUUUUCUGGAUAGCAUCACCAAAAGACAGCAGGACUGUGACUGUGGCUUUAUAAAACCAGUUACUGCAUGCUGUGUUUUCUUCUAAACAGUCAUAAUCUUACCACAGAUGCCUUGAUGACAUUAACCAUUAGUAUGUUGUUUAUUAGUACCAGUAUUUUUCAGUUAUAAUGCUAUCAAAAUUACAUUUAACUCGGCGCUUGCCUAUAUAUUUUUAACUAACUAAAUGUUUACCCAAGAGCCCCACGUACCACAUAUCCAUCAGGGCUGAAACAGUGUAAAGACUUGACUAGAGGAGGUAACAGGAAGUACCUGAAAGAAUAAGAUUAUUCUGUGCUCCUGGUGUAAUAGCAGGAGACCACAUUUUCAUUUACUAUGCUGAAUUGUAUUGACUAUAUUAUAUAACAUUAACAUGUUCAUGUGCCAUUUAAGUGUUUAAACUAUACCCUUUGAAUUGUAUGUGUAUCAGGGGUGUUCAGUAGUUCCUAAAGGUACCUUAGCAAUAAUUGCACAUUUGUGUGUAUUGCAGUGUGUGUAUUUUUAAACAAAAAUGGCCAAUUUUUCUUGCUAGAAUUAUUCUCACACUCUCAUUCACUGUGGGAUUGUGUUAAAGCUCUGUUACAAAGUGAUUCAGAGUUAAUAUAGUAACAGUAUACAUUUAUUAUGAUAUUUGCAAAAUGGAACAAUUACCAAAAGAUAAGAGACACAAACCACUAAAUAAAAAGAGUUCCCAAUUAUGUUUGCAAGUAUCACCUCUAAGAACAUUAAGUGAUUGUAAGGCCAGUACAUUUAAUAUCUGUAUCAACUGACUAUGCACUCCACUGAGGUUUGUAGAUGGACAUCAUGCCAAAAAUGUACCUCAUGCCAAAAACAAAUAAAUGCUUUUGU